UUUAAUAAUAAUUGUUUCAAAUAAUAUAACUUAUUUAGAAUUCGAUUAAAUAAGUAAGUGUUAGGUACAGUGAGACACUUUAAUUUUAAGGUCCAACAAUGAUAAGUUCUUAAUCAUUAAAGCUUUCUUUGAAAAGUUGCCUUCCAUCUAAUGGCCCGGCUACACGUUCCGUCUAUAGACUUUUGAUCAAAAUGUUUGUGUUUGGACGGUCAUUAUAUUUUUUGUUGACUGUACCUAGGUAAGUACCUAUUGUAAUGGCGAUAGCGUGGGAUGUGACAUUCUUUUUAAGUUACCACCUACAGGCGCCUACCACCAAUUUACAAAACAAUUACUUCACAUAAUUAAAGGAAACCUAAGGCUUCGUCCCCACUGGGGGACUGGGAUAAAAUAUCACUCACAAUCAAAAAGUGAAGUAUUUGAAUAUUUUUAUUGAAUUUUGGGGACAUCUUGCACUUAAUCUAUGAAGAGCCAUAUUAUGAAUGUUGGACAUCUAAGAUUUAUCUAGGAAAAAGGUUGAUAAAGGAUUAUAACUACCUGCAAAGAGGGAAUGGCUGGUACAGCCAGAAAAAAAGUAUGAAGAGAAGUUUAUUUAUGUUAUAAGGUUUUUUUUGUGCUGAUGGUAAAGGGAAUGCUGUAUAGUGCAGUUAAUAGCUGGUAAUUAUGUCCUCUAUCACACUGUUUUGUCGACCAUGACUCACACAGGGCCACCCUGUGGGUGAAUAUUUAACCUCAAGGCUUUUAGGCCUCGAUAAAAAAAUACUAUCUAUUUAAUUCAUGCCAUGAUAAUAUCCCAUGAUGAUUACUUUACUUACUCUUUUUCGGUGUCACGGUCAACCCGUAGUUUUUUUCAUUUAUCUAUACGCCACGCAAUACCUACCUACGCAAUAAAAUAGCUUCAUAGCUAAUUGAUAACAACUGCCAUUAGUUACGAAAAGUAAACUUAAUUAUUAUGUAUCGUUUAAAAUAUAAUAGGGUUAUUCUUUAUUAUAUUAGUUAUAGGUCCUCCGCAAUUUCUCUUUAACACCCGUUUAAUGAUGGCGCGUGAUACUUUGUCUGAUACAUUUAACCAGAAUAAAUUGUUCUGGAAAAUAACUGGCAUAUGGGUGACCCAAGUCAAGAACAAACGCUUCAAGUACUAUGCAAUUCCUGUGAUAGCUAUAGUAUUCGUCGCUUACGAUUUAUUCCUGACCCUAAACUUGGUUUAUACUCCGAAAAAGUUAGAAGUUUUUAUGCCGGAGCUUAUAUUCUUUUUCUGUGAAGUACAAAAUGCAUUUAAAGUUUACAUGGUGAUGUUCAAAAGCGAACAGAUUAUACAAGCAUUCAACAUGAUGGACACCGAAGAAUUUAUCGGUGAAUCGGAGGAGCAUAAGAGAAUAACAAAAAAAGCGAAGCUCCUUUUUAUUAAAGCUUUUAAGGUAUACUUUGUGCUUUGCAAUGCAGGAUUCGGAUGUAUUUCUGUGUUACCGUUUGUGAAUUUUGUACUCUUUGGCAAAAAACCGAAUUUGCCUGUUUGCAAUUAUUACUUCUUGAGCGACGAGUGGCGCGACCAAUACUUCUGGUGGAUCCUCCUGUACCAGACGUAUUCUGUCUAUAACCACAUGAUGUACAACAUCAGUAUUGACACAUUCAUGUCAGGAUUGAUCCUCAUGGGCCUGGCACAGUUCAGGGCCCUCAAUGACAGCCUAAAAAAUAUUAAAUGUGAGUCAAACAAAGUCAAUGAUCCUGCAGAGGAGUGGCGACUAAGGACGGAAUUAAUAAAAUGCCUAAAGCAUUACGAUUCCUUGAGAAAGUAUUGUACCCACAUCCAAGACUUAUACGAUCCGGCCAUGUUUGUUCAGAUCAGCGUGGGAGCAGCCAGCAACUGCGUGAUCCUCGCCUCCUUGCUGCUGUCAAUGUCCAGUAACGACAAAUCUUUUAUUAUAUUAUACGGAUCGGUCAUGGCAAUUGAAAUAUUGAUGCCUGGCUACUUGGGAUCUCAACUGCAAUAUGAGUGUGAUGAGCUAGUGAGGUCAGUGUACUCAUGUGAUUGGAUAGAAAGACCAGAAUCAUUCAAAAGUAUUAUGAAACUGCUAUGUGAACGUGCUAAGCAACCCAUAAUACUUACUACAUGGUACAUAAUUCCCUUGUCAUUGAAUACUUUUAUCUCGAUAAUGAAAACAGCUUACUCCAGCUUUACUAUUCUUCGGGCAGUACACACUAGAAAUAUGGUUGAAUAAUUCCUCUCGGGAGAUAUGAUAAAUGAGAAUAUUGUUAGAUUUCAGUA